UGACGUCACUUCCGGAACUGUAAUAUCACAUAGCCGGUGUGGGCUACCAGCAUUAAACUGACUGUGUUGACUUCGCCAUGUCUUCUCUGCUGAAAGUAGAUCAGGAGCUCAAAAAAAAGGUCGAUUGUUUCAGAGAGAGAAUAACAAGUGAGGCUGAAGAUCUUGUUGCUGGCUUUUUCCCAAAGAAACUAUUAGAACUGGAUGGCUUUCUUAAGGAACCCAUAUUAAACGUUCAAGAUCUAACCCAGAUCCAUUCUGAGAUGAACUUGCCUGUUCCAGAUCCUAUCUUACUCACUAACAGCCAUGAUGGAUUGGAUGCUCCGACUUUGAAGAAAAGGAAACUGGAAGAUGCAGAUGAUACCUUUACAGGCACAAAGGUUUUUGUGAUGCCCAACGGCAUGCUGAAGAGCAACACACAACUGGUGGAGAUAAUUGAGAAAGUUAAGCCAGAAAUUAGGCUGCUAAUCGAGAAAUGCAACACGGUGAAAAUGUGGGUACAAUUGCUUAUCCCAAGGAUAGAAGAUGGUAAUAAUUUUGGAGUUUCCAUUCAGGAAGAGACUGUGGCAGAGCUACGGACAGUAGAGAGUGAGGCAGCAUCAUACCUUGACCAGAUUUCCAGGUACUACAUCACUCGAGCAAAACUGGUGUCUAAAAUAGCAAAAUAUCCUCAUGUGGAAGAUUAUCGACGUACAGUGACGGAAAUAGAUGAAAAGGAAUACAUCAGCUUACGUCUAAUUAUAUCCGAGUUAAGGAACCAAUAUGUAACAUUACAUGAUAUGAUUCUGAAGAACAUUGAAAAAAUCAAGAGACCAAGAAGCAGCAAUGCUGAAACUCUAUAUUAACCAUCCCCCAAAUCCCUGUAUUUUCCAGUCUGUUUUUUUCUUCCUCCCACCCUUAAGCUGAAAAGAAAAACACACCAUCAUUGCCUUGUUUGAACUUGUGACAUCUCCACCAUCAAGGAAAACUGACCUGGAGACUGCACAAUACACUGGGGGGUUUUAUAAAAAAAUAAAAAUUUGGGAAAAUGUCUUGUUUCUAGAUUUAACCAGAAUAUGCAUGUUGAAAAUGCCACCCGACAACAGGCGUUUAACAGAGCCUUAUUUGUUUUAAUGUACUUGCAGAUUAUUUUCUAACUUUUCUUAUUCUAACAUGAGAAAAGUAUGUUUGUGAUAAAGUGCCAUCCUUCAUGUGAGUUGUAAAUGGUCUUCCUGGCUGAAGUGUAUUAAAAACAUGACUAGUUGUUCAA